AUGCCCGGUCACGAGUCCCGCCUGCAGCUCCUUGGCCUCUCCUGCCUGCUCUUCGUCCUGCUCGGCCAUGUCCCGGCGACCGAGGCCUUACACCGUUGGAGUCCCAUGAUGAAGGCCUUCCGGUAUCUCCAGGAGACGAUGCUUAGAAAUAGCCUGGAACGGGCACAUCUUAACCAUGGGAUUGUCUUCGAGUGCCGAACCAUUUCCGCCAAGGACUUUGGCAACGAAGUUCACUUCAACUUGCAACUUGGUGAUUUGCGUGGCUUUCGUCGCUUGGAUCCUAAGAAGAAGUUGGCUUUAUUUCUACAUGGUUGGAAUGAUCAGGGCAGCAAGGACUGGGUGCAGGAACUUCUACUAACUUGGACCCUCUUUGCCUCCAAUUACAAUGUCUGCGUGGUGGAUUGGGGAAACUUGUCGCAGAAUGACUACAAAAGCGCCUCAAUGUCCAUUUUCGAUGUGGGUCUCACUGUGGCUGGCAUAAUCAUGGCCCUGGAGGAACUGCGUCCGAGUCACUUUCAUCGCAGCAAUGUCACCUUGGCAGGAUAUAGCCUGGGUGCCCAUGCUGCCGGCUAUGCGGGUGCCGUGCUCGAGGGAAAGGUGGAGCAGAUCAUUGGCUUGGAUCCUGCAGGACCUUUGUUUUCCCUGCCCGCAGAGGUGGCCCCCAAGUACAGAUUGGAUCCUGGUGAUGCUCAAUUUGUACAGGUGAUUCACACUUCAGGUGGAACACUGGGCACAAGUCUUAAGUGUGGUCAUGCUGACUUCUAUCCAAAUGGAGGAAGAGCACCGCAAACGAAUUGCAAAAUGUUUGCCAAUCUGCGGGAUAUGCAAAACUCCAAUCCCAUUGCCUGCAGUCACUCGGCGGCGGCUAUCUUCUUCCGCCAAUCCAUGGAUCCGGAGUAUCCCUUUGUGGGUUAUGAGUGUGGCUCCUACCGCGAGUUCUCCGCCGGCUAUUGUGAUGGCAAUCGGAGAGCCCGCUUUGGGAUCCAUUCGCAAAGGAGGGCAAAGGGUAGCUUCUACUUCCGCACGGAACCACAGCAACCUUAUGUGGAGCACCGGCAGGCCAAUUGGUUAAGUGGGGUGGGUCGCAUGGCCACAGGCAGGGGUCAAGGUCAGAUCGUAAGCCGCCCCCUUGUGCUCCGCCUCUGGACAAAUAGGCGGCGGCGGGAGCGGAAGAGGCAGAGAAGAAGGAGAGAGAGAGAAGGGGCAAAGGACUGCCAAGGAAUGCGAAUGAACGUGAGUCCUGGUCAAGUGGCAGAAGGAGUGGGGUUUUGUUAA